CCAGGCGCGCCGCGGCCCCGCCCCGGUCCCGCGCCUCCCGAGGGAGCGGCGCCGGCGGCCGAGCGCAGGCCUGGCCAUGACAGACUUCAAAUUGGGCAUCGUACGGCUCGGCCGGGUGGCCGGGAAGACCAAGUACACACUGAUAGACGAGCAAGACAUCCCGCUGGUGGAGGGCUACUCCUUUGAGGCCCGGAUGGAAGUCGACGCAGAUGGAAAUGGCGCUAAGAUAUUUGCAUGUGCCUUUGACAAAAACCGAGGAAGGGGGUCGGGAAGGCUUCUUCAUGAGCUGCUGUGGGAGCGGCACCGUGGGGGCAUCGCUCCUGGCUUCCAGGUGGUGCAUCUGAACGCGGUGACCGUGGACAACCGCCUGGACAACCUGCAGCUGGUGCCAUGGGGCUGGCGGCCCCGAGCAGAGGAGACCUCCAGCAAGCAGAGGGAGCAGAGCUUAUACUGGCUUGCGAUUCAGCAGCUGCCCACGGACCCCAUUGAAGAGCAGUUCCCCGUCCUGAACGUGACCCGGUACUACAACGCCAACGGGGACGUGGUAGAGGAGGAGGAGAGCUCCUGCACCUACUACGAGUGCCACUACCCGCCCUGCACGAUGAUCGAGAAGCAGCUCCGGGAGUUCAACAUCUGCGGGCGCUGCCAGGUAGCCCGGUACUGCGGCUCCCAGUGCCAGCAAAAGGACUGGCCUGCCCACAAGAAGCACUGUCGGGAGAAGAGGCGCCCCUUCCAGCACGAGCUUGAGCCCGAGCGAUGACCGGGCUUUCCCGGCACCAUGGACAGUUGGAUGAUUGGACCUGGUGGUGCUGAAGCCGCCGGCAAUGCGCCCCACAGUGGGCACUGUGUGCGGCUGGCACUGCGCUCCCCUCGAAGUCUUAUUGUUGAGCAGAGACAGCUGGGGAGGCUCCGCCAGGAUGCUUCUCGUUAUUUAUAUGUUAAUAUGUUUGUAAACUCAUGUACAGUUUUUUUGGGGGGAGGGCAGUCAAAGGGUUAGAAAUUACAAAUAGAAUCAUUUGCUGUAAUCCUCCAAAUGGUCGCAAGUCUAAAGCAGUCCCGGAGCACGAGCCAUGGCACAGAGGACUCGAGUCUGCCGGGAGGGUAAAGGGCAGUCACCUCGCAAUGGCCCCUGCGCCUCCUUCCCGCCCUCCACCCUUGUGCUGUGGGCUGUGGGGUCGCCCAGAGGGUUUCCCUCGUGGGCCUCUGGAGAAACAGUGGCUGCAGCAAGACCAACACCUGUUCCUGACCUAGGGCCAGCCCUGUGGGGGCAGGGAGUGAUCUCAGCCCCAGCUCUGCUCCAUCCUCCAGCUCCUGUGCUUCGAGGCUGUGGGCUUCAGGGCAGGUCCCUCCUGUGACCAGAAGCAGCUGGGCUGUGGUCCCCAGGCUGGGCCUCCCUCCCUCCCGAGAGCCACGGAUGGCUGAGGGCUGGGCAGCGCCUUGUAAACCUUGCAGAGCUGUGGGGCACUGAGCUGGGCUUGUGUGGCCAGCAUCUGGCUGGUCUCAGGUCUUGCCAGUGCUCCAGAGGCCUUGAUUCCAGGGAGAAUGAAGGCUGACCGUCCCUGGCCCUCAUUGGUCCUGUUACACGUGCCCUCUUGCAUCUCUUCUGCCAUCUUUCAGGAUUCCCUGGCUGGGGACAGCACCCUGGUGACCUUUGGUCUGUGAGCUGAACUUCCGGUAGCUUCUUUUGCACUACUUGGGGUCCUGGGUAGUGUCCUAUAUAGAAAGGACUGGGGAAACAGGUGAUGGCAACAUGCAGGGAGCAGGCGGAUGCAGUCCUAACUCUGAGGGAGGGGUUUCUGAAGGUGAGCAGAAAGCCACACACGUUUUCGCCAAGAAGCUCCCCUUGGACCCUGCAGGUCAGACAUUUCUCCUGUGUUGGGGGAGGUCUGCUCCAGGUCCCUCCAUACUCUGGGUGAUCCGCAAGGGGCUCAAAGCUAUUAGGGAGAUAUGUGCAAUCCUGAGACAGUCGUCCCUACAGACAGCUGGGUUGACCCUCAGACACUCCCCAGGCUGGGAUAACUCCUUGCAGAGGCCAGCUCUGGCCAGUAAGGUUGAGGUGGGGAGCUUGUGUAGGCUGACAUGUUGGGGUUUAGGUGGUCACCCAGGCACGGGCCCCGAGUGUGCUCAGCAAUUGCUUUCAAACAGGCUCCUGGGACAAAGAGGCACUAGGCUGUAGGCUGUGGGUUUUGCCUGUUUCCUUUGGGGAGUGGCCAGGUUGACACUUCCGCCUGUCACGUCCCCUGACCAGUAAAUUGUUCUGUGGUCAGCUAUUGGUGAGAAAAGUACAUGGACAGGGAAGUGCCCAGGGUCUCAGCUGACCACAACGUGCCACACUGGGUCCUGACACCGGGGUGCUUGCUACCGUGUCUCUUGGCUUAUCUGGAAUAGCCUUGACCCAUGAUCGCUGUCCACGGCCACUGGGAGCUGGAGCUACAGCAGGUGACCAUCCCUGAUCUGACCAUGCUGUGCCCACGUGCCCAGUGCUGUGGAAGGGCCCAAGGCUGGAGCUGGGAAGGUGGCCUUGGGUCUAGAGUUUGCCCCUAUGUCGGUUCCUUCCCUUGGUCACGUCACCACCAUGGCCCCUGGAGCAGAUGCUGUCGUGAAGGGGCUGUUGGGUCCACGGACUUUUUACCUGUUUGCUUCCCCUUGUCCCGUGGUACCCAGCCCCUGGUUUCUCUUCUCCUGGUGGCCACAACCUCUUGAUCUUUGUAGCCAUAAACCUGAGAGCGUCUAUGAAAGUUCAACAUUGUUGUUUAAAAUGUGGGGCUUAUUUCUAACCUGGGUGGAGCGUGGCGCGGGGCUGCUGGACCUGAGCCUUUUUGUAGCAGAUAAUGUGGUUCAGCCCUUUCAGAAUGUCCUGUUGCUUUCUGCUUCCCUGCUCCAGCUGCCAUGCAAGCUGCUGAUCAGCAUGUCUGUGUUUGUAGCCACAGCCCUGCUUCAAAACUGCAGGCUGAAGACCCAGGUAUCCAGGUGGCCGGCCGUAAGAGUUCUCGGAUUUGCCAUAACAAAGAAUCACCAACCGAGGAGCUUAACGUUUCCUUCUGGAUGCUGGGGCUCAAAUCAAGGUGUUGGGCAGCACCCCCUGCAGGCCCAAGGAAAGGAGUGUCCCAGGCCUCCCCUAGCUUGUAGCAGCCCUGGCAUUCCUUGUCCUGUAUGUAGAUGCAUCACCAAUCCUCUGCCUUCACUGUCUCCCCUGGGGGGGGGGGGGUCCCUGACCAAUUCCCCUUCAUGAAGAUAGCACUCAUAUGGUGUUAGUCCCCGCCCCACUCCCAAGGCCUCAUUUUAACUGGAUCACCUCUGCAAAGACCCUGUCUCCAAAGGUCACGUUCUGUGGUGGUGUGGGACUUAACCAUCUUCUUGGGGGGACACGAUGGAAUCCAUAACAUGUCCAAAACUUGCCUAACCCAAACCCGUUGUGUAGGGCACUAGUUUUCUCGAUGGCUGUCAGCACCUACUUAAUCUCCCAAAUCAGACCAUGGCUGUGCCGGCUUGUCCUGCCUUACAUCCUAAAUCUAACUAGCCGGCGGCCCCU